AAAUUAUAACCUGAAAUUAGAAAGAGAAAAAAGGAAAUCUAAAGAGACAAAUAAAAAAGGAAAUCUGAAGAGACAAAUAAAAAAGGAAACCCUAAACCCCCAAAUCCAUGAGUACAACACUUCUUCUUCUUCUCUCUAAGUCCAGUUAAAAAUCAUCUCUUUGCAAUGUUGACUCUUUAAUCUUCGAUUUAUAAGCUCUCGAAGGAAUCUAUUACCUUCAAUCUCUCUCGUUGUUAGCUCUUUGAAUUGUAGAAGAGAAUGGGUUGCUUACUUGGUUGCUUCGGUCGUCGGAAGAAUCGUCGCCGUCAGAGACGCAGAGAAUCUUUUCAGCCACGUUUAAACAGAAUCUCUGAGGAAGCUGCAAAGGAUGUUCUUUUGAAUCUUAGGGUUCCUACUGUUGAAGAAGUCCCAAAGUAUGCAAAAGAUUCAACUGUUAUGGAAGUCCCUAAAAUCUCGGAGGUGUCUCCAAAGGAUAAUCAUGUGAACGUUGUUGAGAAAGUCCCUACAGUUUCUGUAACUCCGAUCACUGAUAUCUGUGACAAGGUUGAGGAGAAACAGAGUCCGAGUCCAAGUCCAAAUCGUAAGAGAGUAACUUUUGACACCAAUGUUAAAACAUAUGAACACAUUGCAGUAGAUGAAUCUGUUGAGCUCUUUGAAGAGAAGAAAGAAGAGGUGAAGUCGAGGCAGGCUCGAUGUUCGUCUGAAGGGAGCGAUGUUACUUCUAACUCGUCAGGGUCUUAUCCUUCUAACCAUAGAUAUCAGAAUUGCAGAGAGAGUGAUGAUGAAGAGGAGGAUGUAACGGAUUGUGACGAUAGCGAUCUUGAGGAUACUGAUGAUGAUGAUUGUGGGCUGCUAGAUGAUGACUAUUAUAAUGAUGACAAUUAUGAGGACAAGCUGCACAACUGGGAUAAAGUAGUUUAUACGGAGGAGAUUGCGGAUAAUGUUAUGGAUAUAGAGAGGGUUGAAGAAAAGGGUAGUGUGAGUGUUAGAGACAGAAGUGGAUAUGUCAAUGCAGUACUGAACCCGAUUGAGAAUCUUUCCCAAUGGAAAGCUGUGAAAGCCAAAGGAAGAACAACAACUCAAACACAGCCUCGGAAGGAGAAUGUGAUAAUUGCUUCCUUCAGCUUGGAGUCUCAGGUUGAUGAUUUAUCAUCAACAUUCAGCUUGAACCGGAAAUCAAGAGAUGAAACUGAGAAACAGAGAACUCAAGAAAUAGCUGUUGAUGCUAGUCUUUCAACUUGGUUAUCCACAUCACAAACCACGACCAGCGGUUGUAGCAGUGUUGAAACCACAAUGUCCGAGAAGAAGAAAUACUCGAAACUGGUUCAAUGCCAUGAUGAAAGACCUAUAUUGGGCGCGUUAACUGCAGAGGAGAUAAAGCAGUUCUCAGCUACGAAUUCGCCAAGGAAAUCGCCAAGUAGAAGCCCUGAAUCACCGAUAAUUGGAACAGUUGGUGGUUACUGGAACAGUCACUCAAUGGCAACGAACAAGUACAGUCGAAGUUCUUAGAACUCCAAUUCCACAACAGAGAAAGAAUUCCACACAUGUUUGGUUACUACAUUGCCUUUGUGAAAUUAUUUUUAUCACUCUGUUUGUUUGUGUGUGUGUGGUUGAUAACAAAAUCGUUGUGUUUUGUGUGUGAUUUGAUUUAGUAAUAUUCAUUCUAUUUGUUUGUAUUUUACAGAAAUUUGUCUACUUUAUUUCACAAGUGAAUCAAAGUUUUGUAUUUUUUUUCCUCCUUACAAA